AUGAGCAUGUCAUCCACCAAUACAAAUACCAAUCGACGUAACAACAACAAUAACAACAAUCAAAGAGAUACCUUCCCAAAACGACCAAACAACAACAACAACAACAACAACAACAAUGGACGUCAAAGUGUGGCCAUUAUUGGAGGAGGAAUUUCCGGUCUUUCCUGUGCCCAAGAAUUGGUUUUGGGCAACAACAGCAACAAUAAUAAAUACGACGUGACGGUCUAUGAUACAGGAAGGCUGCGACCAGGAGGUCGAUGUGCUUCCCGACAACCAGGGGACCCUAUGAAACCACCAGAACAAGAAAACCAAAAUAAUAACAACAAUGAUGAUGACUUUCCACUAUUGAGUCAAUACCGAUACGAUCAUGCGGCUCAAUUCAUUGCUGCACCCGGCAAGGAAAACGAGGCAUUUGCGAAGCAAUUGGAACAAUGGAAAUCAAGCGGAAUUCUAAAAGAAUUUCCACAAGGCAGUGUCUGUUCCAUUGACAAAAAUGGCAAGGUCGCACCGAUUCAAGACCAAACCUUUUACUACGGAACCAACGGCAUGGGCAACGUCCCAUUAGCCAUGGUCGAUCAAGCCAAACAAAGCAGCAACUUUGCAUUGGAACAGGACACUUGGGUCAGUCCUAGCUCGGGUGUCAAGUACCAAAAGAAUUCGGGGACUUGGAAACUCCAAGCCAAAGGCAAGACGCUCGGGUAUUAUGACAAGCUGGUCAUUGCCCACAAUGGCAAAUGUGCCGACCGCAUCAUGUCCAAGACACCUUCCAAGGAGGUCCACUCGUUAUUACGAGUGAAUUUUAGUCCCAAUGUUCCUGCGCAUGGAGGCAACAAAAUGACACUCAACUCGUUGUACAGCGUCACGGUGGUCUUGCCACUCGAGUCUGAAUGGUCCAAGACUUUGCCCCCAAAUUUUGUCUGUGGCAUGCUGGCCGAUCACCCGCAAGUCCGAUCCUUGACGUGUCAGACUAGAAAAUAUAACGAUCAACAGCAAGAAAUGGAGCAACAACACGAAGUCUGGACUAUUAUUAGUUCGGCCACCUUUGGAAAGAAGCACAAGGCUCCACAAGAAUUUCUGCCCCAGGAAGUUAUUGACAAAGUGACCGCCUUGUUAGUACAAGCUGUGGAUGGAGUCUUGAAAACCUCUGUUGGCGGGACACCCGAAACACCAAACAAUGGCAGUGACAAAAAGGGAGAUGAUGCACCAAAGGAGACGACCAACAAGAUGGACACCAACAAGGCAGCAAGCCAAGUAUUGGAACAUCGAGUCCAAUUGUGGGGAGCUGCCGUCCCACUUAACGUUUGGAAGAACGAAGAAGGUUUUUUGUAUGAUUCCAACAAUAAUGUUGGUGUGGUGGGAGAUUGGUUGGUGGAACCCUCCAUUGGGGGUGCCUGGACCAGUGGAUAUCAAUUGGCCCAACAUUUGAAUAAUAAUCAUCAGUCGUUAGAAUCGACCGAACACAAGAUUAUUGUGGGUUUGGAAGGAGGUUCCUUUGAACGGUCCGAAAGUGUCAAGUCAGCAGGUAUUGCGGCAAUUCCACAGUGA